AUGGGCUGGCCCACCGGCGGCAAGGGCAGGCCGUUGCGGUUCCCGAUCGGGACGCAGGUGCUGUGCCAGACCGGGGAAGGCUGGCAGCUGGGGACCAUCGUGGACCACUGGUACACCCAGAAAGGCUUCCCGGCCGGCUUCUUCGCCCCCUACCAGGUGCGGCUGGACAGCGGCACCCUGAUCUUCGUCCCCGAGGACAUCCCGGAGCUCUGCCGCGAGAGGGUGCUGGCGUGGUGGGAGAAGGCGUUCAAGGUGGACGCUGGGGAUGCUGCCUUGGCGGCCGAGGUCCGCGACGCCGUCGCGGGGCACAGCGUGGACGAGCCGAACUGCCACGGCACGACGGCCCUCGCGGAGAGCGCGCGCAGCGGCUUUUAUGACACCAUGAGGGUGCUGUUGGACCUCGGUGCCAACGCGAGCACACCCGACAAGAAGGGCAACACUCCGCUGCACCUCGCAAUAGCCGCGAAGGGCACGUCUCCAGAGCAGGUGAGCUCUGCAGUGAAGGCCCUCCUGGAGGCCAGGGCGGAUCCGAAUCUGCAAGACCGGGACCCAGAGAAGGAUCCCGACUUCAGCAGCAGGUCGUUCAAGGAGAGCUCGAGAAGCACCGCACGGCGCUGCACUACUGCGCCGCAUGGGGUUACACCGCCGUGGCCCAGCUGCUGCUGGAGGCCGGGACUGACCCGAACAUAA